AUGGCCAACACCCUUCAAACCUCGAUCAGAUCCAUGAUAGAUGAAGCUGUGCAAACCUCCGUCAAAUCUUUGAUCGCAGAAUCCGUUCAAACCGCAACCGCUCCCUUAGUCGAUAUGUUGCAGGCCAUGGCUAUUCAAAUUAGGGAGUUGUCCAAACUUCAAGUAAGCAAAACUCAAGAGCAAAUCAAUUCUGACGCCGAAACCGCAAAGAAACUAAAAGACGAAGAAAGGGAAAAGGAACGGUCAAGAAAGGAAUUUAAAGACAAAGAUCAUGAGCUUGCCCAGAAGUGUAAUGAGGAAGAACAAGCUGCUAUUCAUGAACCCAUAUCGGCUCAACCCUCGCAAGCUAUGAAGACAAGAAACAAGAACAAGAGGAAAGCGGUUGCAGAGGUGAUGAAGCGAGCAGAACAAAACAGUCAAAGAGUGAUCGAAACAGUCGGGAUGAACGUACAACCUCUUGAUGAAGAAGAAGAAGAGGACAUCGACGAACUCAACCGGCGUAAAAAGAGGGCCAACGAAAGUUCAACCGCAACUCCAAGCUCCAGACCGACUGUUGCUCAACCGUCUCGACCACCACAACCAGUCUGUCACUACAGGUCGGAGUGCAGAAGACCAAGAAGAGACGACCGAAGACCGAAUGACAGAAGACCGGAUGAUAACAACCAGAGAGGUGAAUAUCAGCAAUCCGGUGAAGGCAAAGAAAUUCUGAAGGCAUUAUUAGCCGAUGACAGUGGGAGCUAUUGGGCUUAUUCCGACAUAGAGACUAAUGACGACGAAUUUCCUUGUCUCAUGGCUAAGGAGGAAUAA